GCUAUAUUCACAGUUAGUUGUUUGACAGUGUAUUUAGGUUAUGUGUGCUUGUGUACAUUUAGGAAAGGCCAAAUUUAUAUUAUAAACUUAGUGGACAGUGUGCGGUGUUGAACACAAACCAUCUUGUGAGUUUCCUAAACAGUGUGCGUGUCCUGGAAACAUCGAUUAAUUAGGCUUAAAAGCAUGGCAGGACCAACUCAUCAUUUCAUGCAAAACAUGAACAAUCCAAACCAGGGUGGUCUUCGAAGUUCGUUUGGCCCGGGGGUCAUGCAAAAUAGCCUGGACGGAACUGGCAUGCAAAAUGCACUUCCCAACCAAAUGUCCCAGCUGGCGAACCCUAUAAUGUCUCAAAUGACCAACGCGAUGGCAGGUGGAAUCAGCCCCAUAAAUUCCCAAAUGGGGGGCCCCAUGCAAAAUGCUUUAGGGGCGGGCGGUAUGCAGGCUGCCAUGCCCAAUCAAAUGGGAGGCCAAAUACCACAAUUAGGUAACCCAAUGAUGGGCCAAAUCGCAAAUCCAAUGAGCGGAAUGAUGAGCCCCAUUACUACACCAAUGACUGAGUUUAACCCCAGUCUUAAUCAUCAAAUGCAUCCAGGAUCUCAAACAACCGGCGUAGCUCCAACUCCUCCUCAGUCGUACACACCUCAGCAACAGCAACAGCAACAGUCCAAAGAUUAUGGGCAGGCCUCCUUAUGUCGUCUAGGCCAAGAAACCGUGCAGGAUAUUGUCAGUCGAACUCAGGAAGUGUUUCAAACAUUGAAGGCCAUUCAACCACCUGCUGGUACUACUCAGUCAACAAAUGCCAGCAAUGAAAAGAAGGCCAAAGUACAAGAACUUCUAAGAACUAUUAGAGUACUUUUUAAAAGACUGCGGCUGAUUUAUGAGAAAAGCAAUGAAAACAAUCAAAUCCAGGGCAUGGAAUAUACGCACAUUGAAAGCUUAAUUCCAUUUAAAGAUGAGCUAGAUCCAAAGCAUGAAGAAAAAAAGAACUCAGAAGCCUAUAGACUGGCUUGCGAAGAAAGCAAAGAAGUGAUGGCGCAAAUUAUACUGAAAAAUCAACAGUUAAAGGAGAUAAUUGAUCACAUAAGAAGAAUUAUAUGGGAAAUUAAUACUAUGUUAACUAUGAGAAAAUCUUGAGAUCAAUAAAUAAGUUUGUUGUAUUAUAA